UUGGGAACCAGCCAAAAAAAAAGAAGAAGAAAACUCAAAAAAGAGCCCAAAGUGGAAAAGGAAGAGGAGAGAAUACUCACAAGGCUCUUCUUUGCUUUGUUCUUAUUCUGUAAUCUGUACCCAAUUCUGCUUAGGAUUUGUUAGGCACAUAGAAAAAAGGGAAAACCCCCUUUUUUCAGAAUCUUUAAUUUGACUGAAAUUUGAUCUAUUGAUUUGUUUAACUGAUAAUUGAAAGAUCGAUUCUUUGUUUUGUGUGAAAUUUGAUUGAAUUUAACAGGGAGGAAAACGAUGGUGUCUGCAAAUAGGGAGAUGGCUGUUUACUGUUUUGAUACAUUGGUGUCUCACUACAACAAGGAACAACCUCCUCCUCCUGCUUUUGAUGAGGGUGAACACCCGCUGUUUGUGACUUGGAAGAAAGUGGUGAAUGGUGGGGAGCCUCGUUUGCGCGGAUGCAUCGGCACUCUGGAAGCUCGCUGCAUUGUUAAUGGUUUUAAGGAUUAUGCACUGACAAGUGCUCUCAGGGACCGUCGUUUUCCUCCGAUACAGGCUAAAGAGUUACCUACUUUACAGUGUACAGUUUCAAUUCUCACUAAUUAUGAGACUGCAGCUAACUACCUUGAUUGGGAGGUAGGGAAGCAUGGGAUAAUUAUUGAAUUUACUGACCCUAACUAUAACACAAGAAGAAACGCCACGUACCUACCUGAGGUGGCUGCUCAUGAAGGGUGGACCGUUAUAGAAGCAAUUGACUCACUGAUACGCAAAGCAGGUUAUAAUGGACCUAUAACAGAAUCAUUGAGGAAGCAAAUCCAUCUAACUCGAUACCAGAGCACAUUAUUUACUAUGCAGUACAGUGAAUAUGUGGAUCAUGUUAAGGAAACCCGAGGUCUCGAUCCAACUAUUAAUGGUGUGAAACCUUGAACAACGUAUGGAUUGUUCGGAGGAAUCUUCCACCUUAAGACCAGUAGAUGAUUUUGGUUAAGUGGAAGAUAAACCAUUCUAAAAUUCAUGGUUGGAAUAUGUUGUUAUAGAUUCCAACCCUGUCUAGUGAUUGUUUUCAUAAACGUUUUACGCUAUUCUUCGAGACUGAAACUGAACUCAUUUUCAGUGCUGAGUGCACCCAAAAAAAAUUGAACUUCAACAGUUCCUUUAAAAAGCUGCAUUUGUGGCUAUGUUUGUUAUAAUAUAACUGUCUGCUUUCUGUGGUUAAAAACUCAUUCCUGUUGGCUA